AACGUAGUAAGAUAAGGGUCAUAAUUCAUAGCCACAUCGAUUACGGUUGCAUUCGCUUAAAGCUACUGUUGGUUACGCCCGUCAUUUGUCUCUCUCUCCAAACCCUAGAUUUGCGCGCGAUUUACAUAGCUAGGGUUUUGGUGCCUGUAGCCCGCUAGUUCGGAAUCCCAUGGCGGAGGAGGAAGUUGUAGCAGCGGCAGCGGCGAGCCCUGCGCCGUCAGAUCACAAACGCAAGCUCGAAGAUUUGGAGCCUGAAGCUCCAGAGCAAGCCUGGCCCAGCUCGGACGACACAAAUGCGAAACCCGAUGCAGGCAACCAAGGGGAUGGCGAUGUGUCCGACGAAUCGGACGCAAAACGGCUUAGACUCGAUGACAGACCCGAGGGUUUAGCUAGUGAAAAUGGCUACCAAGUGGAGAAAGCGGAUGAAACUCUGAAGGAGAAUGAUGAACCAAAUACGGAGAAGAGUAGCGGCUCAGAAGAAGCUCAACCUACAUCUAAGGAAGUUACCGAAAAAGAGACCAGUGAACAGCCACCAUCUGCAGAUAAUCGUGAGGCAAAUGAAACCCAAGAACAUCCUAUUGAGCAUGUCGAGGGUUCUGUGUUGGACAAGGGUCAGGAACCCGCUAAUGAAGGAACUCAGCCACCUUCUACAGAGGAUGCUCAGCAAGGGGAUGAUUCUUCUGCUCAACAAGAGCAACCUACAUCUACAAAUGAGACAAUAACUCGCCGAAUGGAGGUCCCUAAUAAUAAGGUUGGGGUUCUUAUUGGCAAGGCUGGGGAUACCAUAAAGUAUCUUCAGUACAAUUCGGGUGCAAGAAUUCAAAUCACAAGGGAUGCUGAUGCUGAUCCAUAUUCUGCAUCAAGGCCUGUAGAGAUUGUUGGAACUUUGGACAAUAUAAAUAAGGCUGAGAAGCUUAUAAAUGCUGUUAUUGCUGAGGCUGAUGCUGGAGGUUCUCCUUCCCUUGUAGCCAGGGGCCUUGCAACUGCACAGGCUGCUGCUGCUGCUGCAGAACAAAUUCAGAUACAAGUUCCAAACGAGAAGGUUGGUUUAAUCAUAGGGAGGGGAGGGGAGACCAUUAAAGGUCUUCAAACCAGAUCAGGAGCACGUAUCCAGGUAUUGAUACCUCAACAUCUUCCAGAAGGGGAUGAUUCUAAGGAAAGGACUGUGCGAGUCACUGGUGAUAAGAGGCAAAUUGAAAUGGCCAGGGAAAUGAUCAAGGAAGUAAUGAAUCAGACUGUGAGGCCAUCACCUCUCUCUGGUGGUUUUAACCAGCAGGCCUAUCGGCCUCGAGGAGCUUCUGGCCCACCUCAAUGGGGUCCCCGAGGUCCUCACAUGUCCCAGCCAACUUCGUAUGAGUAUCAGCAACGAGGGCCGUAUCCAUCUCAUAACCCACAAUAUCCACAUUCUGCAUAUGGGGGUUAUCCUCAACAUAUGGGUUCAAGAAGUGGCUUUAAUUCUGGUUGGGAACAAAGGCCACCAUCUGGCAUGCAGGGGAUGCCCCAUGGCGGUGGUUAUGAUUACUAUGGUGGGCAAGGAAGCCAUUUAUCUGAUGGCCCAGUGUCUGCUCAACAUUCUGCUCCCAUUCCUUCCCAUGCUCCUGGCCCUUCUAACCCUUCAAUGGGCGGCCCACCCCCAUCACAAGCAAAUUACAAUUAUGGACAGCCACAGGGUGAUUAUGGGCAUCCAGUCCCUUAUUCACAAUCAAUGCAUCCUCAACAGGGCUAUGGUCAUGGGUAUGAUGAACCAAAGUAUGAAAAUCAUGCUCCCACACAGCAUGGCUAUGGACAUGGUUCUCAGCAAAUGUACCAGCAGAGCAGUAUGCAACAAGGUUAUGGUUCACAGCAGCAGUAUGGUAAGCCACCAUCCUAUGGCAUACCAUCACAAGGACCACCUUCUCAACCAUAUGGCCCUCCCAGGAGUAGUCAACCAGGAGAUGCACCUUAUCAGGGUUCUGCUCAGGCCCAAUCAUAUGGACAGAAUCUGCCAUCACAACAGCCAUAUCCUUAUGCAUCAAGCGGACCUAACCAGCCGGCAUAUCCUCCUUAUGGAUCUGCUCCAGCUGCUGAGGGAUAUAAUCAAGCACCAGCAGCAUCUGGUGCAGGAUAUCCGCAGCAAGGAGGCCAACCAGUUGCCAAUUUCAGCCAGUCUGGUUCGCAGCAGGCACCUGGCUAUGGACAAGUGGGUCCUGCCGGGUAUGGGCAAUAUCCAUCAUCACAACAAGGUUACCCAGAGCAGUCAGCACCAAAUGCUGCAGGUUAUGGAUAUCAAGGGCCACAAGAUCCUGGUUAUGCAGGUGGCCUUGCAUCAGCUUAUGGUGCACCUCCAACUGGGCAGCCAAAUUACACGCAGCCAACACCAACUCAGCAAACUUAUGAUCAGUCAGUCCCACAAUCUGCAGCUUAUGGUGGUGGUGUGCAAACAAGUGCUUCGGUUGGUUAUGCAAAAACUGUAUCACCUCAGCCUGCUGGCUAUACACAGUAUGACUCAGCCCAGAUGUAUGCCGCACCUCGGUAAAUGAAUGUUUUAGUUGGUAGUUGAGCUUGGGUUGGCAAUUACUGUGCCAGGCCUCAUUAUCUAGUGAUUUUACUUAUGUUGUAGGUCUACUUUGACAGUUCAUGGAACUCAUUUCUUUAGUAUUAAAUGCUUUAACUUCAUUACUGGACCGCAACGAUGAAAUAUAGGAAGUGAUUUUGCUUAUAAUACAUCGUCUUGAGAGA